AAAUAGGCGGCUCCACUCACAUCACUUUUUGUCCCACUCUGCUCACCGCACCAAGAAGUUCCUUCUCAAAAAAUCUAGCUCUUUUUCCUUUUGUAUAUCUACAGAUCGUCCGUUCAAAAUGGCCACCUCGAACCGUACGCCACUCACACAGCACAUAGAGUACUUUGUCAGUGGUUUGACACAGGCCUUCGCUUGGCCAAGAACGUUUAUUCUUCUUUAUGCAUCAUCAACAUUACGUAGAGUAGCUAUCGAAGCUUUCGUUUUGAAUGGUAUCGUGUUUUUAGGAUCUGUUUUACUCCUAGAAACAUUCUACAAUCAUCCACAUAAUCAUUUUCUGGGAUGUCCAUAUCGAAUACUUGGAGGAUAUCCUGUAUAUUUUGUUUGUAUAGCAUUGAACGGACGUUUCAAUAAGCGUAUUGCAGACCAUACGUACCAAAUUCAGCUCAAUCAAGGUACCGGUAAAUCUCAUGACACAAAAGCCGCUCAGUCAGCCGCUCAGACUCAAGCUACAUCCUCAUCACCGGUGCAAAAUGUUGCUUAUGCCAUCUAUCAAAUGCUAUUCUAUGGAUCCUGCGCCGUCUUCAUAACUCUCUUGCAAAUGAUUCCUCAUAUUGGUACAAUGAUAUCCUUCAUUGUGUCUUGCUGGUUCAUAUCCUAUUAUUGCUUUGAGUUUAAAUGGGUGAACCUGGGUUUAACAAUGGAUCAGAGGAUGUCCUCGUUGGAGCGACACUGGGCUUUUUUCUUGGGUUUUGGUAUUCCACUUACGACAUUGACAUUCUUCUUGUCUAGUCUUCGUGCUGCCGCCGUCUACGCUAUUUUCUUCCCCAGUUUCGUCAUCAUGGCUACCACUGCGGUUGUGCAGCCACCUCUCAGCGCGCGCCCCCAUUCAAUUCCCUCUGGUAGUUCUGUCGGAUUGAAGGAUCUCGAACUUCCUGAUAGAUUGCCCAUUUUUACCGGCGUAAAGAAGUUGAAUGAGCUGCUUAUAUCCCUUAUUCGAAACUUUGGUGGUGUCAGAGGAGAUUCACUGUUGUUGGACAGGAAAAAGGAAGCAUUUGGAAAACUUGUAUGAUGUACUACUUACCUUAUGUUGUACCCAUGUGUUAUUGUGUAUUUGACCGUGUUCCAUUAUUAAAGACCCUUUCAUAACAAAUUUGUGUGAGUGCGUAUCCGACAAGGAAUCUACUUAUGAUGUCCAUACUUGCUCAAACAACAUGGAGUUUAAUUA